CUAGCACCUCUAGACUACCGGCACGAGUAUCGUCCUUAGAGUACUCGUACUCUUCUGUAGGGUCGAAAGGCUUGGGGCUUUCAGGGAGAACUGGCGUUGAAUUGCUUAUCCAAGCAAGAGGGCCAAAUUCAUUGAAUUGUUCUAUGCAAUUGUCUACCGUACUCGAGUACCCGCAGCAGCCUCGCGAGUAUCAUAUCCGGAGAGAUGCUUUCGCAACUGUGCCCGAGUACGGUAGAUCUUGCUUGUUAACAUGCCAAUAGAUUACUCGAUUAAAUUUACAGCCUGUUGCCCCGCGUCAUCGGGCGGGCGAGCCUCUCCCUUUCAAUUCUUUGCGUGGGCGCAGUAUCAUACCGGUAUUACGGUCACUGCCCUGCAUGUCCAUUUUGUUCAUUUACCCUACGGUUCCAUAGUCGUCCCGUUAGACAUGUUCAGGUUUUCACUGCCGGUACUCUCAACAUCAAGAUCAAGGGCGAAAACUCACGCUCGCAAAUACCUUUUCCAAUACAACAGAUACGCACCCACCAUUAAAAACCUUUCCGCCAUGUCCAACGAAGAUGCAGAGUAUGCUGCUUUUCUGGAGAAGUCUAACAAGGACUAUUCCAAGCCGAGUGGGGGUGUAGGUGCGUCGACGAAGGCCAGCGAAGAAGUCGUCAAAACCUCGGUGCCUGAAGAGGUCCACCCUGCGAUCAAUGCGCUCAGAGGGAGAACCUAUACUUCCGAUGCCGACGAAGAGUUUCAACCUGUUUCAUUAAAUUACGAGGGCGAUGGGCUGCCCAGUGAAGAGGGGUUCGCUAAGGUCUUGCACCUUCCAAGCGACUCGGAGAUCAAAGUGAUGGACCUGGGCUACUGGGACGUGCACAACGACUACGAAGACGUCCGCGACGCUGUUGUCGCCAUAGCCGGGGGGAACGCUUCGCUUGUAAAAGUGUAUCGAGUCACGGGCAGCGGAGCGCGAGCUGAAUAUUACGUUCUCGGUCUAGCUAAAGAGAAGGGAGUUCUGGAGGGGGUUAAAGUUUUGGCGGUGGAGUCCUGAGGGGCUGGACACUGGUAUCUAGGCUUUCUUUUUAUGUAGACCUGCGUGGGCCAGCGUGGGUUGGGGAGCAUCACAUUGUACGGUACGGAAGGUUACUCUACCGAUGUGCAGAGCGGUUGAAUUCAAACCGGGUUAAUUGGA